AUGAAUAAUCGGACAAUAGGGGACGCUUCUGUCAGCACCGAAAACGCCCUCGUUCCAGAAAGGGCUAAUUUGCACAAUGGAAUCGCUUGGCAGCCGGCAGCUUUGGUCGGUCUUGAACUCGACACCCGUCGCAAUACUGCCCCCCGUCCAAAUUCACCGAUACUAAACGUCAUGGUCUACUUCACGACGCCAUCAUCACCUUGGGGCAAGACUCCCCCACCCACACACGUUAUCUCACAGCCG